AAAAAAUGUCAGUUACCAAUGUGCUCCAUGAGAUGUGGUUACAGGAAGUGCAAAAGUUGGAAACUUUUUGCUGGAAUUCUUCAACGUUUUAUUAUUUUUAAUAUUACGUUGAUAUUUUUGUAUAUCUAAGUCGACUGAAAGUGAAGAUAUUGAUUAAUAUACUAUUCGUAAUGGCCAGUGGACAAAUAUUUAAAAUGCCAUUGAUUUCAUCUCAUGAACAUAAAGAAGCUAUUCAUGACACAAUUUAUAAAAUGAUGGAACAUAUCAACAACAGAGGUCUAAGAUAUCAAUGGAGUUUAGAUGAUUUUGAAGUUGGAUCACCUUUAGGAAGAGGAAAAUUUGGCCGUGUAUAUCUAGCUAGAGAAAAGACCACUCAGUAUAUGGUAGCCUUGAAAACAUUAUACAAAGUUGAGUUAAUAAAAGGACGUGUGGAAAAGCAAGUAAUGCGAGAAAUUGAAAUACAAACACAUUUAAGGCACCCACAUAUUCUUCAACUUCUAACAUACUUCCAUGACAAUAAGAGAAUCUAUCUAGUUUUGGAGUUUGCUGCAGGAGGAGAACUAUAUAAAGAAUUAAAACGUCAGCCAAAUGAAAGAUUUAGUGAACACUUAUCUGCUAAAUAUACUUAUCAAGUAGCCGAUGCUUUGGAAUAUUGCCACAGGAAUAAUGUAAUUCACAGAGAUAUAAAACCUGAGAAUCUAUUACUUACAUAUGAUGGAGAUAUAAAGCUAGCAGACUUUGGUUGGUCUGUGCAUGCACCAUCUUCAAAGCGUAAUACAUUAUGUGGAACACUAGAUUACUUGCCACCAGAAAUGCUAACAGGACAGACAUAUGACAUCUAUGUUGAUCACUGGUGUCUGGGUAUACUCUGUUACGAAUUUCUCACAGGCCAACCACCUUUCUUAAGCUCUUCUCAACAAGAAACAUAUGCAAAGAUAAAAACUAUAAGUAUGCAGUGGCCAGAACAGAUUACACCUGGUGCUAAAGAUCUUAUUUCCAAAUUAAUCAAGAGAAAGAGUUCCGAACGAAUCUCUUUGGCUACUGUUAAGAGACACUUUUGGAUCUUACAGCAUAAGGACUCACCUAGAACGAAUGUAUAGGUCAAAAGAAUAUUGUUAAUUUUAUAAUGUAUGAGAUAUAUUUCUUUCUUUAAUGACUUUAUUACAAUUUUACG